AUGACUGUCUACACCAUUGAGUUUCAGAAACGAGGUCUGCCCCAUGCCCAUAUUUUACUAUGGUUGAAAGGUAUAAAGAAGGAAGUAACAGCUUCGGUUAUUGAUGAAUACAUCUCAGCUGAGUUUCCCGAUAAAGAAGUUGAUAGAGAGGGGUUUGAGCUGGUUGAGCGGCAUAUGAUGCAUGGUCCGUGUUGUAAAAUGUGCCCCAACUCGCCAUGUAUGGAGAAAGGAGAGUGUACUAAGAAUUUUCCUAAACCUUCUUCAGAUCAGACAAGAAUAGACAAAUCUGGAUUUGUUGUUUAUAGAAGGAGAGCUGGUACUGGAGAUUUUGUAGUCAAGGGCGAGAUCGAGCUGGAUAAUCGUUUUGUUGUGCCUCAUAAUCUUGGUCUUCUGAAAAAAUAUCAAGCCCACAUCAACGUUGAAUGGUGUUGCAGAACCAGCGCAAUCAAAUAUCUUUUCAAAUACAUAACGAAAGGCGUUGAUAGAGCAACUGUCCUUAUACAUAGGAAUGAGCCAGACACGAGUAAUGAGAUCAAUAAUUUCUUGGAGUGCUCGUAUAUAUCAGCUUGCGAAGGUUCAUGGAGAUUGUUUGCUUUUCCUAUACACUAUAACCAGCCUAAUGUUGUGAAGCUCCCCGUACAUCUACCAGGUGACCAUGUGAUGGUAUUUGACGAAUCUGCUGACUUAUCAAAGGUGGUAUACCGAGAAAAUAUUGAUAGGUCAAUGUUAACAGCGUUCUUUGAGGCAUGCGACACGUAUGAGGAAGCUAGGGAGCUGACCUACGUUGAAUUCCCUUCGAGGUUUGUCUACCAUUCAAACGAUAGGAUAUGGACGCCAAGACUGCAAGGGGAAGCUAUAGGGAGGGUCGUAUAUGUCAGCCCAGCGUCUGGUGAUAGAUACUUCUUAAGGAUGUUGCUGAAUGUUGUUAGAGGUCCUAGAGGUUAUGACGUGUUAUACACGGUAGGGGAUGUGGUAUAUAAGAAAUUCAAAGAAGCGUGUUAUGCACGAGGACUACUUGAUGAUGAUAAAGAGUGGCAUGAGGCAAUAGAGGAGCCAUCUUCAUGGGCAACCGGACGGCAGCUGAGAAGACUGUUUGUGCUUAUCUUGGAGUUUCGAUUUCCAGGUCUCGACUUACAAGAUGAGCAGUUAAAGCAGUAUACACUGCUCGAGGUUGACAAACACUUAAAAGAGCAUAACCAGUCCCUAGCAGACUAUGAUGAGUUGCCUCAGCCAGAUACUUCAAUACUAUCAGAGAUAAACAGCCAAGUUUUGCGGCAGGAACUGAUGUUCUCGGCGAUUGAAUACGGAUCAGGAGAAAGUAUAUGCUGCUGUUCUGAAGUCAGUUGA